AAUUACCAACGUUAAACUCCAGCGACAGUCAACCCAGAAUAUUUGAUAUUGCUUUUUUUGAUGAUAAUACGAUUGUCCUUCGCAUAUAUCGUCGCGACUUAUUGACCCCUCAUGAAGAUGGUGAAGUUUGGGUCGAUAGAUACUUGGCACUUCGUACGAUUUAUCCUGAUGGGAAAGUUGUACCGAUUGAUAUUAGUUUAAAUAUUCAAGAUUUUAAUUUUUGUAUGUUGGAAAUUGACGGAGACAUAAAGAGUCCUAUUAAAAUUUAUCCUAUAAGAAGCAAAUUAUUGUUAGUUACUUACGCAGAGGCCACGGAUCUAAAUGAUCCUUUCACUUACAAUGAAAAGGCAAUGGUCAUUGAUUUAAAUGGAACAAUUUAUGGGUUAGAUUAA